AUGGCGCACAUGAAGAAUCCUCUCGCAACACCCGAUCAGAUAUUUCACCGAAGCUCAUUGGACUCGCCCCCUACCGAACUUCGAGAUGCGAUAUUUUUCUCGACCCAGUGCCUCACGCAAGCAGCUGGCAUCCUCCUUCAGCUCCCCCAGUCCGUAACCGCGCAAGCCAAUGUCGUCUUGGCGCGCUUCUGGCUUAUAGAACCAAUUAUGUCACAUGAGUUCAGCGACGUAUCAGCAGCUACUCUCUACACGGUCGCCAAAAUCGGUCCCUGCCCUUGCACGCCCAGGGAUCUAUCCAACGUCUAUGCCUACCUCCUCUCGAGCUCUUCCACGUUCCUAUCUCCUCCUGGCAACAACCCACCGAAGAACAUCCCAGAUGACUACUACCAAUCCGAAACCUCCUACCAGGCUUUCCACUCGCGGAUCCUGUCGCUGGAGCACCUCAUCCUGUGUUCGUUGUCGUUCGACACGACGGUGUCGUUGCCGCAUCCUCUCGCGAUUACAUACCUCCAGUCAAUGGACUUUUUGUAUGUCCCCAAGGAGAAGAUCACAAGGAGGGUGGUCGAGUAUUUGAAUACUGCUUUGCUGUCACCGCAGUUGCUGUGCCUGACUACUCAACCCAACGGGCUGGCAGUGGCGGCGAUUUACAAUGCGGUAAAGGAUUUGGGGGCCAAGAUGCCGGAGUGUGAGUGGUGGGAGGUAUUUGAUGUGGAUAGAGAGGAUCUGGGGUUCUUGGUGGUUGGGAUGAGAAGUUUGGAAGGGUGGGUUGGGGGUAUGAUGGGUGAGGAAGGGGUGCUGGGGAAAAAGAAAAGGGGGGGGAUGAUAACGAGAAAGGAGGUGAGAGAUAUUUUGGGGGGGGACAGGCCGCCGCAGGAGGAGGAGGAGGAUCCAGAAGUUGUGAUGGCGAGGAGGAUGGAUGAGAAGAUGAAGGAGAUUGAGGGGGAUGCCGUAUAA